UUGCCAUUCAGUCAAUAUCAAUGGCGGACCAAGAGUCGGUGGUAGCGAUUCGUAAAGAAAUUGAGGCCUUUAUAGUCAAGCUAAAGGAUGGAACCUUUAGCAAUGACGAGGUACAUGCCGUGUUAGCCACGCUUCGGCGACUAGAAACCUUGGAUAUUGACAGAAGCAUGCUUCAAAAUACGCGCAUAGGUGUAAUAUUGACAAAACUAAGUAAAUACGAUGUUGAAGGCAUCGAUGAGAUCAAGAAUCUGGCAUCCAACUUGACCACUAGGUGGAAAGAUUCAUUGCGUAGGCAGGCUUCAGGCGACAACAGUCUUGAAUCUAGUUCAUCAAAGCGCAAAAAGAGCGAUGCUUCUACAGAUCAAGCUGCUGCUGAGCCCCGUUAUCGUCAUUCGUAUCACAAUGAUGAUAUCCGUGAUAAGGCAAUUAUAUACCUUUUCAAGUCACUAUUGGCGGGAAAGGAGAAUGUGUAUGACCAUAAAAAGGCAGGUCGUUUAGCUUACGACAUGGAAGCUGGUUUGUUUUCAAGAUACCUCUAUAAUCAAAACAAUCAAAAGGAUUAUACACUUAAGCUGAAGUCGAUUGCCUUUAACCUCAAGGACCCAAAGAACUCGACCUUCAGUGACAAGAUAUACAAUGGAGAUAUAGAACCGAGGUCGGUUGCUAUUAUGGAAGCUGCUGAAAUGGCCAGUGAGGAGAAGAAGAUGGAGCGCAUAAACAUACUACAGGAAUCACUAGAGGCAUGCCAGUCAGACUGGGCUGUGAAGAACAUAUUAUUGUCCAAGGAGGGCAAGAAAAAAGGCCAGUUCAAGUGUUUAAAGUGUCAUUCCAUGGAAACUGUAUAUUACCAGCUUCAAACUCGGUCUAGUGAUGAGCCCAUGACCACAUUCGUAACAUGUCUUGAGUGCAACAAUCGAUGGAAGUUUUAAUGUUUCAUGUAUACAUCGCAUAAAUG